AUGGGCGGCUUGUUGACAAAGCCGGCUACAGAGUCAUCUGUUGACCGAUUGACAACACUAUCCAGAGACAUUGAAGAGAAGACGCGAUAUCUGACCGAUGCCUUACGAUCAAAGGGCCUCGAAGCCCCUUCUUACAAGGCAAACGGCCUUUCUGACUUUCCUCUUACAGAAGUUGAAGCCGUGAGGACUAGACAGGAAUUGGUAGCACUGACAAAAGAACUUCAUGACCUUGUUUUGGGUCCUCGAGAAAGCUUGAAGAACAUGGCUUGGGAAUCAGUCAGCUACAUACCUUUGCAGGCAAUAUGCGAGUUCAAAAUUGCAGAGGCUGUACCAUUGACAGGCUCAAUCUGUUAUGAAGAGUUGGCAAUCAAGGUACAUGAUUUGACUGGCAUCAUGAUAGUACCAUCGGAUCUGCGACGAUUGAUGCGCCUCGCCAUUGCCAACAACAUAUUCCAAGAGCCCAAGAUUGGUUCGGUCGCUCAUAAUCGGGCAUCUUUGCUGCUGCUAGAGGACGAGUCCUUGGCUAGCUGGACGGCAUUUUAUACGAUGGACCUCUUGGCCCCUAUAUCUCAGACUGUUGCCGCCAUGAAGGCGUGGCCUGGUUCUCAGGAGACUAACCAGACGGGUGUAAAUAUUGCGUUCAAUCACAAUGAAAGCUUCUUCGAUCACCUACAGGCGGAUGAAGCUCGAGCAAGGCGAUAUGAUCUAAUGUUGCAGUCUCAUGGCCAGCGAGAGGGAUACAAUCUAUCACACACCGUGUCAGGAUACCCUUGGGCGAAACUGGGCAAGGCAACUGUUGUCGAUAUGGGCGGCAACGAAGGAUUUGUAGCAAUCGCUCUCGCAGAAGCCUUUCCCUCAUUGUCCUUUAUCGUGCAAGACCUGGAAGGCAUGCGAACACCCGAAAUGAUGGAUAAGAUCCCCGAGCAUCUCUCCAGCCAGAUAUCCCUCACGACGCACGACUUCUUCCAGCCUCAGACAGAGACAGGGGACGCAUAUCUAUUUCGCCACAUUUUCCACGCAUUCUCAGACAAAUACGCAAUCAAUAUUCUUCGUGCGCUGAUACCUGGCUUGAAACCGGGAGCUCGCAUCAUUAUCAACGAUAUCGUACUUCCUGAUCCUGGUGUGGUAUCACGACUGGAGGAAAAGAGCAUUCGAACGAUGGACGUGCUGAUGAAGGCGGUGUGCAAUUCUAGAGAGCGAGAGAUGGAUGAUUGGAAAAGCCUGUUUGAGCAGGCUGACAAGCGUUUUCGAUGGCAGGGCGCAUGGAAGACGAGCGGCAGGUUGUGGUUUAUCGAGAGUACGUGGGAACCUUGA